AUGGUUUCCAUUUUUGCUCGUGUAGUUCCAAGAACAAUUCGUGCAUUGCCCCGCGCUUCUCCUAUUCAGAACUCUUUCAGAGCUCAAGUUGUUGCCCCUCUUUCGCAACGAUUCCUGACCACCACAAAUACUUUACCUGAGCAACCGCGAUUGAGAUUGGGCUCUGAAGCACCCAACUUCCAAGCCGAAACAACCCAAGGCCCUAUUGAUUUCCAUAAGUUUAUCGACAAUAAAUGGACAAUCUUGUUCUCCCACCCCGCAGACUUUACUCCAGUUUGCACGACUGAACUUGGUGCUUUUGCAAAACUGAAGGACGAAUUUGAGAAACGGGACGUGAACAUGAUUGGGUUGUCAGCAGAUCCUCUCCCUUCCCACAAAGAAUGGAUUAAAGACAUCAACGAAGUUUCUGGAACCACACUGCAAUUUCCCAUUAUCGCCGAUGCGGACCGCAAAGUAGCUUACCUCUACGAUAUGCUUGACGCUCAAGACACGACCAACAUUGACCAAAAAGGCAUUGCAUUCACCAUUCGCUCCGUCUUUAUUAUCGAUCCUGCUAAAAAGAUCAGACUUACAAUGAUGUACCCAGCUAGCUGUGGGCGAAAUACUAAGGAAGUGUUGAGGGUCAUUGAUAGUUUGCAGACGGCAGAUAAGAAAGGCGUCACUACACCCAUUGAUUGGCAGGUAGGAGAUGAUGUUAUUGUGCCACCAACAGUCAAGACGGAAGAUGCGCGGAAGAAGUUUGGAGAGGUUAGAGAGGUAAAGCCUUAUUUGAGAUUCACAAACGUUGGGCAGUAG